AUGCUGCAGCCGUUGACCCCGCUCCCUCUGCGCGACCAUGUCCUUGCUUCUCUCUCUCCUCUGCCUGGGAAACGCCAGCUCCAACUCGAUGUCCUCGUCACUCCCGUUAGGAAGCACUCGGGCUUGUUCCCCUACUCGAGGCCGAGGGUGAGAACGUGGGUGCAGGAAGUCCUCCUGCUCUUGUUCGAGAGCCCAGGGCAGCCCCUUGAUCCCAACACCCAAGAGUCAACAACAGCAGUCGCAGGAGCGAGCAGAGUAUGCACAGCAGCUCUGGAAGCAUACAUCUACUACCUUCCCUCGACAGGCGCAUCAAUACUCUACGUCUCCAAAGUCGAUUCCUCUGGGCUCUCCCUCCCACCCUCGCCCGUAUCUACCCUAACACGCGCGUUUCUCUCCCACAUCUGUGCGCCCGCAUACCGCCCAGCGCCUUCACUUUGGGUACACGUCUUCGCUCGAGCUCAGGGGCAGUAUAUGUUCCCCAACUCGAGUGAGAAUGGACGGAAGAAGGUGCUGGGAGACGCGAGGUUAUGUAGCUGGUGGAAAGCUUUGCUAGACGAUGUGAUAAGGGAUAUUGUCACCCCAGAGCAAGAACCGUCUGUGCCUCCAGCUGAGCUGGUCUCAAGUGGAGAAGGCAACGAUGUCACGAAAAACGAAGUUAUCACGACCGCACAUACCUCUGCUGCAAGCGAUCCCCCAAAAUACAGCGCGUUCUAUCUCCUACCCGGGUACCCUGCAAUCGAAGCCUCUCGCCUUCUAUCAUUCACCACCCCCUCCGACCAACCUACACCAAUCUCAUGGACUUACUCUCACCCCUACCUUCACCCCGUCUUCCCCCUCCCUACCGGUGUCUCUCCCACCAAACGCGGGCUGGCUGACUGCAUCCCCUACUUCGAAGACGACCCCAAAGCUCGAUUUAUCCUCGAGCUUGCGAGCGACGUAGAGCCCAGCUUGCCCCGCAAGCGACAGAAAACGGCACCGGCCCCAUGCUCCCCUACCAAGCAGCGCAAGGAGUCUGACGCUGACACUUUGAACCUGAGCAAGAAAGUCCACAAAGAGGAGAGCAAGGAGAAGGAUGAAGGACCGACACCAGAGGAGCGCGCGCUUGCACGGACAGGGGUGGACGAUUUCUGGGAACUGAUGCCUCAUCGGCAAGAAUGUUCCUCCGGCGCUGUGACGGGCUUUUUCGUCCUUGUCUUCCCCUCCUCCGCUUUUUCUUCCAAGUCUUCUGCCUCGGCGGGGAAACACGACGCUCUCCCGCCCUCGGCGCCAGGACAGGUCAGCCAGGGUGUUUUAUCCCGCGUUACAUCAGCACUGCUCGACCUGGACUUUGGCACUGUAGAGCGGGGGUAUCGCGCAAGUGGGGUAUUACAAGAGCUGGUAAGGGUGUGCUGUGUGCCUGCUGUUGCCCCCACCGGAGACGCCGCGCAGAGCAAAGCAGCCGUCACAGACCAAGAAGGGAAGGACAUUUACACAGCAUACGUCUCCGCUUCAGUCAGCGUUGACAACCCCCUUCCGGUGCGAGCGAAAGAAAAGGUGGAGGAGAAACCACAGGUCGUGAACGUUUUGCAAGUGAGGAAGAAGAGACGGGCGGCUUGA